AUGAAGCUGCCAGGUCAGGAAGAGUUUGAAGCUCCUAGUGCUUCUGAAAAUGUUCCCGCAGGGCAGCUGGAUAGUGGCCUUGGCACUGGCCCCAGCCCUGAUGGGCCCUUAGAUACAGGCAGCAGGGAACUGGAGGUACCCAAGGACCCUCUGCUCUUCAUUCAACUGAAUGAACUACUGGGCUGGCCCCAGGCUCUGGAGUGGAGGGAGACAGGCAGGUGGGUGCUGUUUGAGGAGAAAUUGGAGGUGGGUGCAGGCCGGUGGAGUGCCCCUCAUGUGCCCACCCUGGCACUGCCCACUCUCCAGAAGCUCCGUAGCCUGCUGUCCGAGGGUCUUAUACUACUGGACUGCCCAGCCCAGAGCCUCCUGGAGCUCAUAGAGCAGGUGACCGGUGUGGAGUCACUGAGCCCAGAGCUCAAAGGGCAGCUGCAGGCUUUGCUGCUGCAGAAACCCCAGCACCACAUCCAGAACACAGGCACCAAGCCCUGGCGAGGCUCACCCCACUCAAGAAAGGCUUCUCAUGAUGAGGAAGCCCUCCUGAAGGAACAGCAUCAGAACCCCCUAAGACAGAAGCUGCCUCCAGGGGCCGAGGCAGGGGCUGUGCUGGCCGGAGAGCUGGGCUUUCUGGCACAGCCACUGGGGGCCUUUGUGCGGCUGCGGGAUCCAGUGGUGCUGGGGCCCCUUACCGAGGUGCCCCUGCCCUGCAGAUUUUUCUGUCUCCUACUUGGCCCCCCAGUGCUGGGAAGGAGCUUCCAUGAGCUGGGCCGGGCAGCCGCAGUCCUCCUCAGUGACCUGCAAUUCCAGUGGUCAGCUCGUCGGGCCAGCAACCUUCAUGACCUUCUGGCAGCCCUGGAUGCCUUCCUAGAGGAAGUGACAGUGCUCCCCCCAGGUCGGUGGGAUCCGACAGCCCGGAUUCCGCCGCCCAAAUGUCUGCCCUCUCAGCAUAAAAGACCCAUUUCACAACUACAGGAAAUCAGAGACCCCUCUGUACCUCCCGGGGCGGCGGCUGAGAACAGGCACGGCCACGGACCACACUCGCCGAACCUGGAGUUACAGCGAACUGGCAGGCUGUUUGGGGGCCUUGUCCAGGACGUGCGCCGGAAGGCCUCGUGGUAUCCCAGCGAUUUCUUGGACGCCCUGCACCUCCAGUGCGUUUCCGCUGUGCUCUACAUUUACCUAGCCACUGUCACCAACGCCAUCACUUUUGGGGGGCUGCUGGGAGAUGCCACCGAUGGUGCCCAGGGGGUGCUGGAAAGUUUCCUAGGCACAGCAGUCGCUGGAGCUGCCUUCUGCCUGAUGGCCGGCCAGCCCCUCACCAUCCUUAGCAGCACUGGGCCAGUGCUGGUCUUUGAGCACCUGCUCUUCUCUUUUAGCAGAGAUUACAGCCUGGACUACCUACCCUUCCGAUUAUGGGUGGGUAUCUGGGUGGCCACCUUUUGCCUGGUGUUGGUGGCCACAGAGGCCAGUGUGCUGGUGCGCUACUUCACUCGCUUCACGGAGGAAAGCUUCUGUGCCCUCAUCAGCCUCAUCUUCAUCUAUGAUGCCGUGGGCAAAAUGCUGAACUUGGCCUAUACAUAUCCUAUCCAAAGACCUGGCCCUGCCCUAGCAGAGUCCACUGUCUAUGGCUGUCUCUGCGAGUUCCCAGGCCCAGGAGAAAAUGAGUCUCAAUGGACAAAGACAAGAUCAAAAGACACUGGUGACAUAUUAAGCAUGGACUUAGGUCUGAUAAAUGCAUCAUUGCUGCCCCCACCUGAGUGUGCCCAGCGGGGAGGCCAUCCUCGUGGCCCUGGCUGUCAUAUGGUCCCAGACAUCACCUUCUUCUCCCUCCUCCUUUUCCUUACCUCUUUCCUCUUUGCUAUGGCCCUGAAGCAUAUCAAGACCAGCCGCUUCUUCCCGUCUGUGGUACGCAAGGUGCUCGGCGACUUCUCCUCAGUUUUGGCCAUCCUGCUGGGCUGUGGCCUUGAUGCCUUCCUGGGCCUAGCCACACCAAAGCUUGUGGUGCCCAGAGAGUUCAAGCCCACCCUCUCUGGGCGUAGCUGGCUGGUGUCACCCUUUAGAGCCAACCCCUGGUGGCUGAGUGUGGCAGCAGCCCUGCCUGCCCUACUGUUGUCUAUCCUCAUCUUCAUGGACCAGCAGAUCACAGCAGUUAUCCUUAACCGCGCAGAGUAUAGACUGCAGAAGGGGGCUGGCUUCCACCUGGACCUCUUCUGUGUGGCUGUAUUGAUGCUAUUCACCUCGGCACUUGGGCUGCCUUGGUAUGUCUCGGCAACUGUCAUUUCCCUGGCCCACAUGGACAGUCUUCGGAGGGAGAGCAAAGCCUGUGCCCCUGGGGAGUCCCCUCGUUUCCUGGGCAUCAGGGAGCAGAGACUGACAGGCCUGGUGGUGUUCAUUCUCACAGGAGUCUCCAUCUUCCUGGCACCUGUGCUCAAGUUCAUCCCGAUGCCUGUGCUGUAUGGUAUCUUCCUGUACAUGGGGGUGGCAGCACUUAGCAGUAUCCAGUUCAUGAAGAGGUUGCAGCUAUUGUUGAUGCCAGCAAAACACCAGCCAGACCUGCUGCUCUUGCGGCAUGUGCCUCUGAGCAGAGUCCAUCUGUUCACAGCCAUCCAGCUUGCCUGUCUGGGUCUGCUCUGGACAAUCAAGUCUACCCCGGCAGCCAUCAUCUUCCCCCUCAUGUUGCUGGGCCUAGUGGGGGUCCGAAAGGCACUGGAGUGGAUCUUCUCGCCACAGGAACUUCUUUGGCUGGAUGAGCUGAUGCCAGAGGAGGAGCGGAGCAUCCCUGAGAAGGGGUUGGAGCCAGAGCACUCAUUCAGUGGAAGUGACAGCGAGGAUUCGGACCUGAUAUAUCAGCCAAAGGCUCCAGAAAUCAAUAUCUCUGUGAAUUGA